GUCUGAUUGGUUAGAAGCCAUUUUCGUACUUAAUUGAGUAGUGCUAUCCGAAAUUUUGUCAUAUUUGUACCGGGCUCUUCGCGAUGGCGGUGACGGGCAAGCGCGGUGUCGGCAUCCCGACGAUUUUGCUGCACGACGGCGAGGGCACGAUCGUGUCCAUUGAGAUGAAGACAGGCGAGACGUACCGCGGACUGCUGGACGAGACGGAGGACAACAUGAACUGCGUUAUGAAGGACGCCGUGCGCACCGACAUCAAUGGCAACACCUCCCAGGUGGAGCAGGUUUAUCUGCGCGGCAGCCAGAUCCUCUUCAUCGUCUUCCCUGAUAUGUUGAAGCACGCGCCGAUGUUUAAACGAGUCAAGAUGUGGAAGAAACACAAGGGCGCGAUACCGACACUGGGCCAAGGAGGAGUUGGUGGCGGCGCGCCGAGAGGACAAGCUGCUGCGAUCAUUCGAAAGGCUCAAGAACGGAGAGGUGGAUUCUGAGACUUUCUGUAGUGGACAUCGGGGUGGAGGCUGAAGCUGUAGUCGAGCGCAGUCAGGAACUCAAGGAGCUGCUUUCGAGUCGCGUGAACGGAAGACUACUGCGGCAUCUUGCCUGCGGUAUGGCAGGUAAUUUGCCAUCGCUUUUGGUCACGGGUAGACCACUUAAGUCCCUUGGGGCUCACAGCCUUGGACGAGCCUUAAUAGACGCGUGCACGAAGACAAACGAGUGGUAAGUGAUGAAAACGACCUUGUAGGUAUAUUCCUUAGCUCAUUUCUGAGCAACGUAGACUGGUCUCCGAAAACCCUUCGAGGAUGUUUGACAGACCUCAAGAAACUCACAGCUACGAAAGCCUACGGAUUCCACGAGAUGCUUUGGAAAGUCCUUGGGUCGUAGCUGGAUCUUGGGGUAGUUUGUUGCAGUGACUUCAGACGUGAACUUCCGCUUGUGAUACGAUUUCCACGGUUGUGGCUCGAGGAUGAGACGACCACCAGGCGCCAGCAGCUCGUAAAUCUUAGCAAACACUUUCUUGAUACCUUCGUCGCCAUGGAAAAGAUGGAUCCACUUUGUAACACUGAAGCUGCACACAACAAAGAAAUUUGACAUUAGAACGCCAUCUAUACGAAGCAUUGAUCUAUGAACAUGAACGUACCACGUGAUAAAGUCAUAGUCUUUGCCUGCAUGAGCAUCUGACACAAUAUCCUCUCGCUUGAAUACCACAUUCAACGGGAACUUGGAGCUGAGUCAUUACGAAGACCUAAUUAGAAACGAGAUAGCUCCCGCUAUACCUAACUGAUGUCAAUAUGAACGUACCCG